AUGACUCAAGCCAUUCCCGAGGUCCGAACUGCUAUUACCCUUCUGGCCGAUGACGACGUGAGUUGGCCUCGUACUCUCCUCCCUUGGAUUCUGGCCCCCUUCGAAAAGGAUGAAAAAUAUGGUGGGGUGGUGACCUGUCAGCGAUUGCGCCGGGCGAUUGCGCCGAGCCUCUCACAGCGAGUUUGGGGUUUCUUGGGAGCUUUGUACCUGGAACGACGCAACUUUGACUGCGGCGCAACUACCCAUGUGGAUGGUGGACUUCCCUGCAUGUCAGGACGGACGGUUGCGUAUCGGACACAAAUUCUGCAGAAUGAGGCAUUCACCUAUGCCUUCACCAAUGAGGAGUGGUGGUUCGGCAAAUACCAACUCAACGCCGACGAUGAUAACUUUAUCACCCGUUGGAUGGUCUCGCACGGAUGGGAAACUUAUAUGCAGUACCACCCUGAGGCAGAGGUGCUGACUACUCUCGAGGACAACCCUCGUUUCUUGAAGCAAUGCGCCCGCUGGUCAAGAAGUAAUUGGCGGAGCAAUCUGACUUCGAUGUUUCACGAGAAACACAUUUGGCAGUAA